UCACCUACCUGGGGCUACAGGUAACUUCCUCUGGCAUCCUCUUCAUUUAUUCAGCGUUUCCUCACCAGACUUGAUUUUAAUAACCAACCGUUUUCUCAGAUUUGAACUUUUCCAGGUCUGUCGCCGCAUCUGCAGAAGACCGCCGCCGCCAUGACGCCCGCCUUCCACCUCCUCAUCGUCCUCUCACUGACGGCUCUUUCUCUGAGUGCACCGACUGACAGUGGAAAUGACAUCGACGAGUCCUCAGAUGUCUCCGAAAUCAUCUCAAAGGCCAAUGAAGACAUCAAGACACCUGUGAUGUUCGGUGACAUCAUGCCGUCCAUGAGCAGGAACGCCGUCCCGUGCACGGCCACCGGCUGCAAGUGGCCCAAAUACGGCCGCUACGUCUACGUGCCCGUCAGCAUCUCCUCCACCUACUCCCGUGCAGAGCGCAACGUGAUCAUCAGAGGCCUGGUGUCCUUCCACCGCUCCACCUGCAUCCGCUUCGUCUGGAGAAGAUGGCAGUCCAGCUACCUCAACUUCUUCUCUGGAACCGGGUGCUGGUCCUACCUGGGCCGGCAGGGCGGCCGCCAGAGCGUCUCCCUUAGGAGGAACGGCUGCCUGUACCAGUCCACCAUCCAGCACGAGGUCAUGCACGCCCUGGGCUUCCACCACGAGCAGGUCCGCUCCGACAGGGACCAGUUCAUCCAGAUCCUCACCCAGAACAUCCAGCCAGGAAGAGAACAUAACUUCCGUAAGGUGAACACCAACAACCUGCAGACUCCCUACGACUUCAACUCUGUGAUGCACUACGGCAGAACUGCCUUCUCCAGGAACGGGCAGCCCACCAUCGGAGAUGAGCGCCAACGACAUCGCCCGCGUCAACCGCCUCUACCGAUGCUAGUGGAGCAUGGUGACGAAGGGGUGGUCCUCCAGACAUCUCCACUCCAGCAAAGCUGCUGGAUGAGGAAAGCUGGACAGCGCUUUAACGGAGGUCUGACCUCUCUCUGGCCAUCCGCGUAACUACAGCCUGAUUGUUUAAGUUUGCUCCUUUCCAUACUGGUUCGAUUUGGUGACGGUAGACUAGAUGCCUGAUGAAAAAUAUUAAACCCUGCAGUGGUGGGAGGAAUUAUUUUCUAAUUCCUAUUUCAAAGUAGAGACAUACAGAACAUUGACAACUCUAAUCUCAGCGAAAAAGGAGAAUUACAACCAGUUUAAAAAACAAUAUUUUCCUGAGUGUUCUUAUAAAAUCAUAAUAGAACUUUAAAAAUGUCUCUAUACUCGAGCUAAUUUCUGUUUAAGGUCUUGCCUUUUCUGGGUGCUCUCUAAAUGCUGUAAUCAGUGACUUUGUGAUAUCUUCUGCAAUGAAAUAAAAAUAAACAUCAAACAUCA